CAAAACUACUUCGAUUUGAUACAAAACAAUUCGACCGUUUAUAAACUGCGUUUGCUCACCAAAACUGCACCACCAUGACGACCACCGUCUACUCCGCUUCCGCAUCCACCGUAACGGAAGGCGCGAAAGGUGUUAUGAUCACGCCGAAGUGCAACAAUAACAAAACAAAUGGGAAGUUGCGGGUGGUGUGUAGGUACGGCGGUAGCAUAGUAUCGCAGCGCUACGUUGGGGGAGACACUCGGAUCGUCGCGGUUCCUCCCUCCGCGGAGACGAGCUUCGCUUCGCUUGUCAGCCACCUCGCGGCUAAGCUCGGAGUCGCUUACGACUUCAAGGUGAAGUACCAGCUCCCUGAUCAGGAGCUUGACUCGCUCAUCUCCCUGGAGACCGAUGAGGAUGCUCAGAUCAUGAUGGAGGAGCACGGAUAUCUCACGUGCGAGUCCUCCUCCUCGGUUUCGAAAACGCGCAUUAGAUUAUUUAUCUUCCCUUUGAAAACGAGCGCGAGUCAGGGAGGUCUGGCUCAGUGUAAAGUGGCGGGGGAUGUUGACUGGCUUGGAGUAGGAGAAGAGUCCAAGCCUGAGGUGACUAAGCCCGCGGUGCUACAGCACCCAAAGACUGAGACGUGGUUCGUAGACGCGUUAAAGAGCGCGGAGAUGAUGCAGGCUCAGGGGCCAAGUAGCGGAGAUGGUAAUGGUGGGAUCUGCGGACAGGAGUCGAUGAUGCUCGAGACCAACUCGGCAUUUGGCUCCUCAUCAUCGUCUGUUUCUUCAAGCAAUUUGCCUCCGGUGAAAAGCUCCGGCGAGGACAACACGUUGGCUUCGCAGGUCAAGUUUGUUCCAGUAGAAUCAGUGUCGUCAAGAGACAAUAUUGCUGUUACUCAAAUCUCUUCUCACGAGCUACCAACACGUCCUCAUGUUCUGGAGCUAAACAAACCGGUUCCAGUUCCAAUGUCAGGGUAUCCACCGUUUCUAAACCAAGCUCAACAACAGCAUACUCAUGUCGUUUACACUGGACAGCCUCCUCACAUUACUGGAACCUCACCUAUGACAUUACCUCCCACAACAUACCAUCACACAAACCACGUACAUUAUCAGCCCCUGCCACAGCCGUACCCAAUCUAUUACAAUCCAGUUGAUCAGUACAGUUCGAGGCAAGUUCAAGCACCGCCUGUGCAACACAGCACCGUUUUAAACACCCAUCAAGUCGAUUCUCCAAUGGUCCCUCUAGCUCCACAGAUUUACCCUCCACCCAAACCCGUUGAUUCAUUGGUUCAAACAUCAAACGAUCAAGCUGCUUUUAGUAGUACUACAUGCAGAGAUGAUCUCAUCUAUAACAUUGAUCAUCUCGAUGACGAUACAGCUUGUGCUCUGAUUUAUAAAACUCAGCCACCCGCUCCCAUAAUACCGUCUCAGUUCCAAAACAUGAUGCUGCCUGAGGCAUUCGGUAAGCUACGCACCCAACACAAUGGUUGAGAGUAGUAAAAACCAAUUACUAUGUUGCUGCUUCUGCCUUUUGUCUCUUUCAGUCAGCGUGAUCUAUUGUUUCACCUUGUUUCAAGCACUUUGUUGUUGUAAUACUAUAUCACGUGUGAUGUUUUGUCAUCUUUGUUCUUCUACUUAGCUUUUGAUCCUGUAUCUCUCCAGCUAAAUUUAAUAAGAAACUUGUUUAUUA